GAGCUGCUCGCCAUCAGCGCUCAUCUCCCACAGCAGCAGCGCAGCACGUUGCAUUUAGUGUCAACAGACUGAUCGGUCGGUUCGUUUCCAUUUUUGUUCUCCGACUGUCGCUCAUUGGUAAAAUGCAUAAGCCACUUUGACAAACUGAAUAACAGCAUGUGGGCGAAUCAAGGAGCUGAGUUACAUUUAGCUACAUUUAAAAAACAGGAUUGUCUGUUCCACAAAGCUUUCUGUUGUGUCUGAACGGAAGGUUUAAAUUCACAAAGGCCUUUCUCCUGCGAGUGUAGUAAAUAUCACACUACACUACGCAAACCUAAGCACUGAUAGCACACCGUAAAUACCUACAAAUGCAUCGCCCAUUUCAUCGGAGUUGUCAAAAGUCAGAGCCCUCCAGACGUAGAAAUCAACAAAAUCUGCCGAGAUGGAGCGUUAACCAAUCACAUUCACUUCCUUCUCCCUCGCUCCCUCUCUCUCUUUCUCUGACAAACACACACCACACACACAGACUUCUGCAUACAAACACUGGAUGCUUUGAAAGCUGAACCCACGACACCGCUUCAUUUCCAGAGCCCGACGGAGAAGACACACGAUGAAACGUCAGUUAGUUCUGUCCACCUGCGCGCUGCUGCUUUGGACACUGACAGCGUUUGUCAGCUAUGCCGAAGAACCAAAAAGUGACGUAGUGGUUGUCGAGCUCCCUGAUGGAAUUAAGCUGUCAUGUAAUAAUAAUGCAACUAUGAAAUUUUCAAAUGGAAUAGAACAUGGAAGAAAAGAAUUGAAACUCGGAUACAGUGAUGAUAACACAGGGGAGUACACAUGUGAAAGAGAACAGCAAACAUCAAAAAUCCUUGUGACAUUUCGGACCUGUGAUAACUGUGUAGAGCUUGACAAGGCUUCGAUAGCGGGCAUCGUCGUGGGAGACGUGGUGGCUACGAUUGUGAUUGGAGUGGCGGUCUAUCUCAUUGCUUCUAAAGCUGGGACUGGAGCCGUCGCCACUGUCAAGAAACGCUCUGACAAACGGCCUCUGGUUUCCAAUGAGGAGAGCAGCAGAGGCCCCAAUGAACAUUACCAGCCUUUAAGAACCAGAGGGCAGAAAGACACGUAUGACGUUCUCCACAAAACAUAGAGCAGCGGUGGCUCACUGCCCAGGAUGCCACCCCCACCUCCCUGCUGACAACAUACUGCAUCUCAGACAAGUACACGAUGCCUCUUACCUGUUCUCAGGUUCGACAUCACGCCCAAAGGCUUGUUGUCGUGUAUCUUGGAUGCUACUUAUCCCUAAAGUAAUUUGCUUUGUAUGAUAUUGAUUUAGUUUAGGAUUUUGCAUCACUUAUUUUUCACCGAUUGUUUAAGAUCACGCUGUGCAGAGACUAUUUCAGCUCUUAUUUAGGUUCCAUUUUGAUGUGUUCCUUUUUGUUUUUACUUCUUAAAAAAAUCAAACUGUAAUGUUGCAGAAUUGAAUAAAAUACAUGUUUUUCUUGU